GACGUCGGUCUCGCGUUGGUGUGACGGUGACAGAGCAGCCCCUCAGUUUGUAUGAGGGAGACAACUUUGCCUUGAUUUGUGGAUUGGGUUAGAACUUUCUCUCGCCUAAUGAUUAUUUUGAUUGAGCGUUACAUUGCCUUGCGGUCAUGAGUUUGUUGAUACCAUCGAGAAGCAACAACCUGUAUGACGUCGAUGUAUGGGUUGAGUUGAACUUGGUCCUCUCGCUUCAGAUUGUGCAUCACAUUUUUGUUCGUUAGUUAUCAAAGAGCAGUUUCAGUUUGCAUGAGCAUGAGGAAGAAACAUUCGACCUUCGAUGUGUGGAUCGGGUUUGAACUUGGUUCUCUACCUGCUAUCAUGAUUAUUUUGAUUGUGCCUUAGCUUCCGUUCGUCGUCAACAUGUCUCCUUCGUGGUAAACUCGUAUUUCACCACCCACUCAAAAUAUCAUUUACAUGUUAACCUAACAUUCUUUUAAAGAUAUCCCUUAUUGGGACAAGACUACGGACUACGGUCUUGCCCUAAUAACUACUUUCAUCCUCUUUUGGGUUUUAAAAUUGACAUUCUUGAUCAUGACCACAGACUUUGUAAAAACUUUCGAUCGGACCUAACGUUAGCGACAGAUUUACAACGAUUUGAUUGGUUGUUAUCGCAAAUUCAUUGCUUUGUGACAGUGAUAACAUGAAUUAUGGAAUAUGCCGCAUUCCGCAGCUUCAAUUAUUCAUGACAAUUGUACACCCCACACGACUUUUAACUUCGAGAGAAAUCUUGGAUAGCAGCAGUUGCUCAUCAUUACCGGCCUUGAAACUCCAUGGAAACUAUCGAUUGUUGAUGCCCGUGUUGAUACCCGUGUUGAUGCCGUGUUAUCGGCUGCUUUGUCGUCUGCGAACCUUGUUUCGUGAUUUAGAAACGAUAUUUCAGUUCCUUGAAGAAAAGCUUUGAGGAAAAGAAAAGUAUGGAAGAUACGCCAUGGAGACAUAUCUCAGAGACCCUAGGGGAAGUAGAGCGAAAUGAAAUACAUCAGAUGUAUGUAUUACCAUGGGAAUGCGAUUUGACGCAACCAACUAUCCAACCUGUAAAUUCCAACGAUUACAGGCCAGCAAAUUACAGAAGGCGUACCAGACAGGUUCACAACACACGCCCCACUUUGAACCAAUCAGAGGGCGGCUACUGUAUAUCAUACUGUCAUUUUCGAACCCGAGGUUCCACCAUCGUUUUCAACGUCGUUCUUCUGGCAGUACUUGCUCUCAUCUGCACGGUGGUGGCCCUUCUUAUACUCGUACUUUAUCAAAGAUCGCACUUGCUGAUAACGACAAACAUUACGGAUGGGGAACAGCUAGACGUUACUACACUAUCAGAAUCCGUCAUUAGAGUUACUCCAAACUCGUCCAAAACAUCUUUUGCAUCUCAAGAAUUGGAGCUCAAUGAUGAAACUACUUCGGGACCCGAGAUUACAGAAGCAAGUACAGCAACUAUUCUACCAACCACACCAUAUGAAAUAACACAGGAAAAUGGUUGCGUCCCGAUACCUAUCGUAGGCUGUCGCAAGUAUCUCCCUUACAACACCGCCUUCUUCCCCAACCGAUUUGGGCUUGGCCGGACAGCAAGUGAAGGAGCUAACCUCUACUACCAGUUUUCAUCCGACAUUGGAACGCUCUGUCAUCCUGAUGCAAAACGACUUUUGUGCCGCAUCCUCUUUUCUACCUGUUACCAGCCCUUCAUCGCGAUCGACCCCGUCCCUCUCCCGUGUCGCUCUCUCUGCGAGGAUGUCGGAGCACGUUGUGUGAAGGACAGAUCUUUCAACGACACUUGGAAUAGAAUCUGUAGGACAUUGCCAGAAUCCAAGAGUGACGAGGUGUGCUUCCCCAGUUCCUUGACAUCCAACCACGACAUUCCUCACGUCUGCUCCAGCUCCCCUUGUCGGAAUGGAGGCACUUGCUUUGAGGUCAACGGUCAAAUGAUCUGUCGCUGUUCGGACCGAUUCUAUGGCAUCACUUGUCAAAAUGAAUUUGAAGACCCAUGUUUAGGGGAUCCUUGCGUAAAUGGAGGUACCUGCAUGGAACAACGCUCGCCGUUUGGUUUCUCCUUUUACAUCUGUGAAUGUACGCAGAGCUAUCACGGCGCACGUUGUGAAAAUGUUAAAGGCACAGCUCCUGUCGGAGUUACGCCAGCCGCUUAUAAUCCGCCAGGAAGUGAUAGUAUUCCGGUCAACUGCCAAGACAUCCCUGCAGAGUGCCGAUCUGUCCUGGCCUACAAUAGAUCCCAUGGUAUCCUUGUAGGUCAAGACACCUUCUUCUCACCCUGGCCUCUUAUCGAGACGUACGUCGCCUGCAGCCCUUCGGCAGCCAGUGUGCUGUUCUGUUCAACGGUAUACCCAACCUGCUCGCAGGAUCCACAAAGUCCGUAUGGCAAACCGUGUAGGGGUGUUUGUGAGCGAGUGAAGAACGACUGCGAGUAUACAUUCGAGACUCUCAAUCUACCAUACAUCCAUUGCAGUCAUCUUCAAUAUCGUAAUAAUUCCAUGGGUCUAUCGUGUUUAGACUCCCACUGAACGGUCUUUCCUGUUUGAACACGAACUAUCCAGCUGACCAAUGGUUAACAAGAUCACAGGUUUAGGCUUCAUGAACCAUGGACCUACUACUGUAGUAGAUCCAUGCAUGAACCCUGUAACAACUUGUCAAACAUUUCAUCAGAUCGGGGGUUUCGGUCUCUUGGAUAAUCUAGCACGCUAGGUGGAAGAUUCACAAAGUGACGAGACCGAAGUUUAGCUUAGCUAACCUUUGGUGUGACUUGCCUGUUUUCCAUUUUGAUCCAGCCUCAAGUUCUUCUUAUUCAUCGUUCGUAUGACGUAUUUAUUAUAGGAACAGAUCGAAAUAGGCAGGGAUCAGAUAUCCAGGCAAUCAUCUAACGCUAGAAGGGUUUUGUUGACACCCACACCCUUUGGAACCUUCGUCAGCACACGUGUGCAAAGGUCUGGUCUUGGUGAUCACAACUGCAUACUACCCUGUAUCGGAGACAGCACACUGUCGAGUUGAAUGUGCUGAACUUUUUGUAAUCUAUAUAUUUCGUGAUUGAUUUUAUUCUAUAUUUGUUUUAACCCCUCAUUUUAUGUAUUGAAAUAUGUCAAUUAUAUUUUUUUUUGACAUUGCCUUUAUUAUUGAAUGUUAUUACUAUCGUUAUUAAAUUUCAUCAUGUAUUAAGGUAUUAAUUUACUAAAGCAUCAGUGCUUUUGAAUUCAUUUACUUCCCAUAUUCAAGUGGAAUAUAAUUGAUGUAAUUAUGGAAUCGAUUAAAAAUCACAGCAAAACAAAAUACUGAAUGGUACGCAAGACCAAAACGCACGAGACAAGCGAUGUCGGUCUCGCAGACCCUUUUUGGACAUUUUUGGGGAGGGUUAACGAGACCGACAUCUGAGGUCUUGCGGUCUGUUGGUCUCAUGGGAUGUAGGUCAACUGGGUUAUCCUUGUCUAACAUGCUAUUUAUCUUGUUCGCUGAUCUGGUAAAUGUGUCAUCAUCAUCAUCAUCAUCAUCAUCACAAUCAUCAUUAUCAUCAUUUAUUAAAGUCAGCAUUUACCCUCCUACGAGGGGUACUAGCUUUUGCGCCAUGAUGACAUUUCCUCCACCCACUUCUUUUGUCUCGAGUAUCCUCUUCAUUUACACUAAACAUUAAUUCUUUCUUUCUUCUCAUUUUUUCCAUGACAUUUUCGGUCAGAUGGCAUGCUCUUUUCACAAGUUCACCUUCUUCCCUUCUCAACAAAGGACAAAUCUAUCUCAAUUCUCAAUCCACUUCUCGUUACCUGCAUAUCUUGCACUCAAAACUCUCAGCCAUUCUGCACAUCUCGCAUGAACCCACUUUCGACAUGCCACGCAUCUGAUAAAGUUCCUCAUCGCUAUGUUGUUCCACCGCUUGAUUCCAUCGCCUUUGUCUUUCCCAUGUUGAUAUUCAGGAUCUUGCACUCAAAUUAAUGCAUUCUUCCAGUUGGUGAAAUUCCUCUCCACCUGUUGCAUUGUUUCAGCCAUCAAAACUAAGUCAACUGCAUGUUUCAACAGGAUCCAAAACAACACAUAUUUCUUUACCGAUUCUGAUCAAACAUCGACCACAGUAGCGAACAGCAGUGGAGACAAGACUAAUCCUUGAUGUACACUAUGCUUCUCCGUGUCUUGCAUUGCCAUUACUGGCUCCACUGAUGUCUUCUGUUGCUUGGAGAGCGCAUUCUUUGUACGUCAACCACCAAUCCUCUCCUGGCCUGCUGUCCCAGCGACCUUUCAUCCUCUCUAUGCGGUAUCUUUCACCUUCUUCAUUUUCAACUUUCUCACUCGCACUUAAUUUCUUCCUCCUUACAAUAAUGCUUUUCAUAUCUAUCACCACUAAAC